UGCCAGCUAGUCCACCACAGCAACCUGAUGGACACCCACACACUCUAACGAUCUUCUCCGCAGCCCUGAAUUACUUUCUAUAGUGUGUUUCGGGUAGUCAGUGGACCCAAGUUUGCGCAGAAAGUUACAGUAGACAUUUGGUAGUAUGUAAAGAAGUUAUUUUGAGAUACUGUCGAAAAAGAGGAAGGCUGUAGGGAGAGAAAGGGGGACGCAGCCUUCUCAGUUCCAGCGCUCAGCGGCGGCAAAAGGCACCAUGAGCGUUCCGCUUUACGCACCGACUCCCAUCCAGCCGACUCACCCGACACCCUUCUACAUCGAGGACAUUCUGGGGAGGACUGCCACCACAACCUCUUCGUCCUCUCCCUCUUUUUCUUCAUUCUCAUCCACCUCCUCAUUCUCCUCCUGCUCCGCUCCGGUCAUCCCCACACCGACUCUUCCGUCGCCCAACUCCUCUUUCACAAGUCUCAUCUCGCCGUACCGGACGCCGAUUUAUGAACCCACACCGAUCCAUCCGGCACUGUCUCACCAUGCCGCUGCGGCGUUGACGGCAACGUACGCCUCCGCCGGGACUUUGGCAGGCUCCAUCUACCCCUUCCACCACCAGCACCGCUCCAUGGGGGAGUACGCACAGGCGCUGCUGAGGCACGACCCUCUCGGGAAACCUGUGCUGUGGACCCCCUUCAUUCAGCGGCCCUUACAUAAAAGAAAGGGCGGGCAGGUCCGCUUCUCUAAUGACCAGACGAUCGAGCUGGAGAAGAAGUUUGAGACGCAGAAAUACCUCUCACCUCCGGAGAGGAAACGACUGGCCAAGAUGCUGCAGCUCAGCGAGAGACAGGUUAAAACCUGGUUCCAAAAUCGACGAGCGAAAUGGCGAAGACUAAAACAGGAAAAUCCUCAGGGAGGUAAGAGGGAGGUGGAGGAUGACCGUUCCGCCGGGAGGAGUCAUAAAGGAGACGAGACGACCGAGCCUUCGGGUCUCCAGAGCCCGGAGAACCGGCAGACAACCCUGGCGCUGGCGUCCGAGCUGGAGCAAGCGUCCCCGCAGCUGCCCCACACAGAGCUGGACUCUGACGUGUCAGAUGACACAGACCAGGAGCUGGACAUAGAGGACGACACCGAGUUCACACUGAACCCCUAGUCUGAAGCACAGGCUUCACACUGAUACUGGAUCUACUCAGACAUUCGGAGCUGGAUGAUGAUCACCGGACACUUCAGCCUGUUCACUCGCCUUCAUGGGGUCGUUUGACGCCAGAAUGACAGGAGACUAUUGUAAUGUAAUAUUUAGGUAUAAAAUCAAUCCCAAAAAUAUAGCAUUUCACCAUCUCCCAGUGCCUUUCACACAGGACUGCCGUCUGGAUUUGACACUUUACUUUUUGUAUAUAAUGCAUAGUCGUGUGUUGAUCGUCCCUGUGUUAUCACUGUAAAUGGACAGUAGGCCCAUAGACUCGUUUCUCCUGGAUGUCGUGUUGAACGAUAAACGCUCUUAAGUCUAUGGGCCGCUUAAAAUGUGAUAUUCCAUUAAAUAAUCAAUGUAGCGUAAAUUUUUGUUUUGUUGGGUGAUAUCUAAUAAACUAUUUUUGUGGUAAGAAUAAAGUUGUCACUUUCACAUGUGGCUCAGCUGGAA